AUGGUAAAAUUAAUCGAAGUAUUCAGAAGCUUGAUUAACGAUUAUGAAGAAACUUUUCAAGUAAUGGAGAAUGGUACUAUUAAAGCAAACAAUGAAAGUUUCAAAAGGUAUAUAGAAGUAGAUGCUAUUAAUAUAGAAAUUAUUAGCUAUAGGCAAAUCGAAAAGGUUAAUCGAAACAAAAAAGAAAUGGUGAAACUUUUGAGCUCAGUAAAUCAACUUUACUUAAAAGCUUGUUGA